CGGAGGCUGCAGACCGAGGGCGAGUAGGUCCUGAGGGCGGCGGCGCGGGGGCUGCCGGGAACCCGGAAGGCCGCCAGAUGGCCGUGGGUCUGCGCCGUGUGGCAGUCCGGACCUGCGGGCCAAGUAAGACGGACCCCUCCCCAGGGAUGGCCGCUCGCCUGGAAGUCGGGGCCGCAGCGGCCGUCUUGGCGCUGCUCGCGGCCGCGCUGGCGCUGUACGGGCCGCCGCUGGACUCGGUUGCACAGAGGACAUUCUUGCUGCACAGAGCACAUUCAGUGAAGGAGAUGGAUGACACCUUCCAGCUGGUGAGGAACAUCGUGCCGCCCCUGACGUCUGGGAAGCACAAGGGCCAGGCCGGCCGCAUCGGCGUUGUUGGAGGCUGUCGGGAGUACACGGGGGCCCCGUAUUUCGCAGCAGUCUCAGCUCUUAAAGUGGGUGCAGAUUUGUCCCACGUGUUCUGUGCCAGGGAGGCAGCACCAGUAAUUAAGUCAUACAGCCCGGAGCUCAUUGUCCACCCGGUCCUCGACAGCCCCGCCCGGGAGCUCGAGGUGGAAGAGUGGCUGCCCCGGCUGCAUGCCCUCGUGGUGGGGCCUGGCCUGGGCCGAGACGAGCGCCUGAUGGAGAACGUGGAGGUCAUUCUAACAGCCUCAAAGGCCAGGGACAUCCCUGUGGUCAUCGACGCGGAUGGACUGUGGGUGGUAGCCCAGCGGCCUGCGCUCAUCCUUGGGUACCAGAAGGCUGUCCUCACCCCCAACCACGUGGAGUUCAGCAGGUUGCACCAGGCUGUGCUCAGCGGCCCUGUGGAUGGCACUGAUCCCCGUGGAUCUGUCCUGAGGCUCAGCCGGGCCCUGGGGAACGUGACAGUGGUCCUAAAAGGGGAGCAUGACUUCAUCUCUGAUGGCCAGCAGGUGCUUGAGUGCAGCCUGGAAGGCAGUGGCCGCAGGUGCGGGGGACAAGGGGACCUGCUGUCCGGCUCCCUGGGUGUCAUGGCCUAUUGGGCCCUCCUCGCUGGGCCGGAGAAGACAAAUGGCUCCCCCCCGCUGCUGCUGGCCGCCCUUGGUGCAUGCUCGCUCACACGGCAGUGCAACCGCCAAGCCUUCCAGAAGCACGGCCGCUCCACCACCACCAGCGACAUGAUCGCCGAGAUCGGGGCCGCCUUCCGGGAGCUCUUUGAGGCCUGAGCCAGCAGGGUGAAGGAGCCAUGGGGCGGCAGCUUCCCUGGGCACUAGGUGUGGCCCCCGUAGACUGGCUGGCGAGGGGCGAGGGGCGAGGGGCAGGGUAUGGUCUCAUUUGAGCCGAGAGGUGCGGCAGGGUUAGGCGCCAUCCAGCCAUCCUGCCCCUC